UUAGUGGGUUUAUCGGCGGACUAAAGAGUUGCAGAGCGCCUCCUGCUGUAGACGCUCAACACUUCAUUCAUCUCUCAUUCAUUACACAAGAAGGUUGAUGUUUCUUAGUGAAAAAUAAAUGAUAAAAGAAUGAAAGGAAGAAUUAGAAUAACACGAACUUCUGGUGUUUAUUAAAAACGAGGAAUUUUACCUGACUGCGUGCAGGAGUUAAAACAUCUCCAGAAGAUGGCAGUAGAGUCACUCUAUGAAUUCAAACCGCCGUUAAAACCAACGAAGAGACACAAACAUCACCCGCUGUUAGUUUACUUGAGAUUUAUUUUUAACGUACUUGUUGUUUUUCUCUCUUGAGUGUUUUAUUGAGUGUAAACAGAGUCUUGUCUCUGUGUAUUUUAGUGUUGAUGAUGAGAGAUGAGAUGUGCUGUAAAUCAGUAGGAACUGAUCUGUCCAUGCUGGAUAUUGAUGAUUUCAUCACAGAAAUCUCUCAGCUGAAGAAAGAGGUGGCGUUACUGGAGACAAAGCUGAGGUUAAGAGGAGAUGAAGGACUGAAGAGAGAGGACUCCGAGCUCAGUCUGACUUUACUCUGUUAUACUGAGUCAAAGCCCACAGACGCUCAGGACACUACAGUGUGUGACAGUAAUCAGGGCUUACAGGAUGAGGAAUCUACUGAUCAAACCUCCACAGAGUCUCUGGAUUCUGUCUGGAACGCUGGAGAACAGCAGCAGAUCCUGCAGACCAAACUCAACAUGUGUUCAGUCAAACCCAUGGACUGCUCGAACCUCACGAUGGAGAUAAAAACUGAACCAACAGAAAUAAUAACUGAAACCACAGCAGAUGAAUAUGAAGACAAUCACAAUGAUGCUUAUGAUUUUAUUCUGACAGAUGUGAAGAGUGAAUUAUGUUCGGAUGGAAAAAUAACGUCCUCGACUCUUUCCUGCAUCACCGGUGGAGAGACUUUGAGCUCACAGAGACAUUUAAAGAGAAAACACACAGAACAGAAACUCUGCACCAGAUCUAAAAUCAGCUUUACUACCUUACAAGAGAAGGAACUUCAUUCACAAGAGCACAAAGAGAAGAAGAUCAAGUUUCACUGUCAGCAGUGUGGAAAGGAUUUUGGCUUCUUAUCUUAUCUGAAACGUCACAUAAGUAAACACAGUCAUGAAAAACCUUUCCACUGCACUGAAUGUGGCAGAUAUUUCAGCAGGAAAACAACUCUUGAUGUUCAUCAGAGAAUUCACACAGGAGAAAAACCAUACGAGUGUCCUCACUGUGAGAAGAGAUUCAACCACAAAUCUAAUCUGAGGAAACAUGUGCUUAUACACACCAAUGAGAGACCGUUUCAGUGCAGUGAAUGUGACAAAGCCUUUAGGGAUUCAAGGUUAUUAAAAUCACACCAGAAUAUUCACUCUGAAGAGAAACUAUUUCAAUGUUCACACUGUGAUAAACGUUUCUGUCAGAAAUCUCAGCUGAUACUUCAUGAGAGAAUUCACAAUGGAGAAAAAACUUUCCACUGCACUGAAUGUGGCAGAUAUUUCAGCAGGAAAACAAAUCUUGUUAUUCAUCAGAGAAUUCACACAGGAGAAAAACCAUACAAGUGUCCUCACUGUGAGAAGAGAUUCAACCACAAACCUCAUCUGAAGAGUCAUGUGCGUAUACACACCAAUGAGAGACCACAUCAGUGCAGUCAAUGUGACAAAGCCUUUAGGGAUUCAAGUUCAUUAAAAUUACACCAGAAAAUUCACUCUGAAGAAAAACCCUAUCAAUGUUCACACUGUGAUAAACGUUUCUGUCAGAAAUCUCAGCUGAUAGUCCAUGAGACAAUUCACACUGGAGUAAAAAUCUCAUCACUGUAAUGUUUGUGGGAAGAGUUUUAGGCAACAUGCUAAGGUUUUAAAGCACCAGCGAGUUCAUACAGGAGAGAAAACUUACAAAUGCUCUUAGUGUGAGAAGACGUUUACUCUGGCAGUUUACUUAAAAGUCCAUGAGAGACUUCACACUGGAGAGAAACCUUACGUCUGCUCAAUCUGUGGAAAGAGCUUCCCACAUUUAUUUCGUUUCAGAGUUCAUGAGAGAGUUCAUACUGUAGAAAAACCUCAUCACUGUAGUGUCUGUGGGAAGAGUUUCAGUCAACGUGAACAUUUAGCGAGACACCAGAGAACUCAUACAGGUGAAAAACCUUACAAAAGAUCUCAGUGUGAGAAGUCAAGUAAUUAAAAGUCCAUGAGAGAGUUCAAACAGGAGAGAAACCUUUAUGUCUGCUCGAUCUGUGGAGAGAGAUUCUUAUUCUGGAAGUCUUCAGCAUUAUCAGAAGAAACACGCUAAAGAACGAAGUACACUGAAAUCAUUGUAGUGUUUGUCUUGACACACUGGUUGUGUAUAUUCAACGAGAAUAUUUGAUUUGAUAAUGUACUACAACAAAAACAAUUUAUUUCUAUGAAUGACUUUACAUUGACCUUGGUUAUUUGUGGUGCCAAAAGCAAAGAUUUAGUUCUCAUCGCCAGGUAACAUUUAUAAACUCUCUACAUUUUUACUAUUAAUGUUUUUGUGUGAUUGAUCAGUGUGUUAUAUUGCUUGAAUUGAAUGUUGAAUUAAUUCGUCGUUGACUCUGUCCUUUUGUAUUAUUCAGUGUUUUGUAUGAUUGAUCAAUGCAUUAUAUUGUUUGAAUUAGACUUUGAAUUAUUUGGUAUUGUUGACAUUUAUGAUUGAUUAGUGUGUUAUAUUAGUUGAAAUGAUUUUUGAAUGAUCAUGUUGCUUACCUGGCUAAUAAAUUGUUACGUUUGGAUUUAUUCUGCAUUACUCUGAAUUAUUCACAACAAGUAAAUUUGAGCUGUGGACAGGUAUACCCACUAACAUAUACCCAAAAGCGUGAGGGGGCGACACAGUGGCUCAGUACUGUUGCCUCACAGCAAGAAGGUCCCUGGUUUAAGCCCCGGCUAGGGCAGGUGGCCUUUCUGUGUGGAGUUUCUGCAUGUUCUCCCUGUGUCAGCGUGGGUUUAAUCCAGGUACUCCGGUUUCCUCCUCCCAGUUAGGCAAAUUGGAGAUGCCAAAUUGUCACUCCCCCAGCCUGUGUAUGGAUCAACUUGUCUGAAUAAAACUUGUGUAUGGAUUAACUGGUUCUCCCCAUGAAUAUAGCCGUAGAUGCUG